CCUAGUUCCGGUAUUACGGUAACUGAAAGGCUGCGGUGCCUCUGUGUCCGACAGACCGGUGUUUUACUGGAAGACGCCGAGCCGAACAGGUCUCAGAUGUUAUCCUCUCUGCCGAGACACGGACAUCACUUAAACUAGCCAGGUCCAACUUGGAGUAUUUAUCACUUGGCUUUUUCGAGAACCUCAGUUCCCAUGUUGUGACAUUUUGGGGCAACAGAGAUUCCUUGGAUUCUUCUUGACUCAUCCUCCAAAGUCCCUGACCACAUAAAGAGAAAUUGAGAUUCCCAACCCCUUGCCCGGUCUUGCCAGCUGCUAUUUAGCAACAGCAUGGCAGACAGUCGACAACCAGAAGACAGCGCCCCCCAGUGGGACCCAUCAGGGGGGCAAGAACCUGGCGGCACCCAUGGAGCAAACAGCUACUCUUCAUCAGCCUACCGGACCUGCCAGCCUGGAGGGGCCCACAUGACCACCGCUCCUUACACUGCAAGGGAGAAUGGAUUUAAUGGCGAACUAGCUGGAGCUCCCGCUAUCACUGCAGAGCAAGUUUCGGCACGGAUUGUGCAGGAAGUGACGGCAGAGGCAGUGGCGGUGCUAAAAGGAGAACAGGAGACUCAGCGGCUGCCGUCAGUUGAAGAUACCACAAACUUGCCUCCCUCCCCUCCCCCUUCACCUGCAGCUGAACACUUUGGUCCCUUGGAGCAAGAUGUAGGGGAUGAGGAGGAGGCGGGCCCUCUCCGCCGCUUCCAAAAUUCUCGGGAGAGGUGCAAGUUCCUCGCCCCCUCCAUCUCAGUUUCCGUGCCUGAGGACGACCCCUACCACUCCGACGAGGAGUACUAUGAGCACCCAUUGUUCAGCCCAGAGUGGACGCACUCGGGCGCUCGCCCCACAGGGCACGCCGUGGCCUUUAGACAGAUUGAAGAAGAGACCAUGGAGGCUCUUACAGCUGAAUACGAGGAAGAGGAGGAAGAGGAGGAGGAGAGUGCAGAGGCAGCAAUGUCUGAAGCAGCUCUUGAUGAGCAGCAGUGGAGUGGGGAAGAGCCCGAGCUGGACAGCCCCAAAGCUGAACUCUUAGAUCAGACAGAGGCCUUAGACGAGGCACAGGUUGUAGACCUGGGGCAGUCUGAGGCAGCUAGUGCUGCCACAGAAAGCUCUGUGGACAGAGAGGAGGAGGAGGAAGAGGAUGCAGAGGGUGAGGAAAGCCAUGAGACAGCUUUGAAGAUGGAUGCAGACAAGCAGGACAGUGAGUCGAUGAGCCCUGACAGCAUUGGAUCAGAAAAGCGCCCUGAGGAGUUUUUUGAGCCUCAGAUGCAAGGUUUCUUUGCUGGUGAACGAGUUGUACCGGAGAGCCCGACCAUGGAUAUGCCAUCUUUUGUGCCUCCAGAUGUUCAAAUCCAAGCCAAAGAACCAGUCAGAUCUCUCACACUUCAGCCCACGUAUGGGGAGCCAAUCACAGUGUCAGAAAAACAGCCAUCAGUGGAGGUGGUGGAGUUCAGCAGCAUCACUGCUCCUUCUGACUUCUCUUCGAUGGGAGUUAAAGUUCAGGCAGGAGACACAACUAGCGAGGCCAGAGACAAAUCAGGCAUGUCGGCAUACUUUGAAACCUCAACUGUGGAGGCUGAGGAAGGUACAGAAUGUAAGGGCGAGGGGUAUUAUGAACUGAGUCGAUCUGGUGAAAAAACAAAUAAAGAUGAUUCCAAGUCCCAAGAAAUCAGCUACAGCACACUGGCAGAAGCUAAGGAUAAUCCUGGAAUACAAAAGGCUCCACCUGGAGAUACCGACAUGUUUGCAAUUCCUGAUAGAAGUAAUGAAUGCAGGCUUUCACCCGGUAAGCUUGCCUUAGAGCAGAGGAGUUACUCACUCAACAUCACCAUUGGAACAACAGAUCAGAGUGGACAAGGCAGGCAAAGAAACUUCACCCCACUGGCCACAGACAUCAUGUCAUAUACAAGUGGAAGUCUUGACGAAUCAGCUGACUACCUUCCAGUUUCUACACCCUGUGUAGAUAAGCCUCCAUCAUUUCCUCCUCUUAUCCUGGAGACUGCUGCUUCUGUCACGUCUGAUUCCUCUUCCCCUCCAAGAACUGCUGAACCACCAUUAAAGGUCAGUUCAGAACCUGAAUCUCCUGAAUCACCUGAGCCAAAUAAAGGCCCUUACAAAAAUGGAUCAGUGAUGACACAGGACUUACCGGAGAUGCUAGACCUUGCUGGUACCCGGUCCAGGCUGGCUUCAGAAAAUACAGACCCUGAAAUAAUCCAGAAGAAGUCACUCAAAGAUGAUGUACCUAUCUUCACUGAUGAUCCUCUCGCUAGUAUGACCUCAGGGGAGCUGAGUCCUGGUGUAAGAAAAAGUGAUAGUCAACUGGAAGAGAUGGGGUAUUGUGUGUUCAGUGAAUAUUCAGGGCCUAUGCCAUCCCCUGCAGAUGUCCUCAGCCCUACGAACACCUGUGGACACGUUUUUACCCCUUCUGUCUUGGAGGAGAAAGUUGCUGAACAGGCAAGAAAAUUAGCAGUAAGAGAUACAUCCUUGGAAGACAAGAUUUUGUCAUCUGGAGGCGCCAAUGUUUAUGAGAGGGAUGACCAAAGCCAAGGGAAAAGAAAUGAUUCACUUGAAGAAAGCAGCAAAUAUGAUUCAAAUGAUCAUCCAGCAAAAUCUGUAAGUGAGACACCUUUUGGUCAGCUCAGUGAGCCCUUUGUGACACCAACUGUCACUGUGACUCUAGAGGAAGGAGAGAGGUCAAUGAGUGAGACCGAACGCCAAGCCAGUGGCGAAGGUUCAGUAUCAGAAACCGAGAUCGCCGACUAUGAGAGGCAGAUCCGCAAGCUGGAGAUGGAGGACAGGCCUCUAAGUCUUGAGGAGGAGCGGGAACUCCAGGAGCUCCGGGAGAAAGUGAAGCUGGUGCACCAAGAGGCCUAUGAAGAGGUGGAUGCUGAGGAUGUUUACCAGCUGACUGGCAUGGCCAAGGACCGCAUUGCCAGGCCUGUGAAAACAUCGCCUACUUCAUCUGUAGAGAGCAACAUUGAUGAUGACAAACUGCUUUCCCCAGUACUCUCACCCUCCAAACUUAAACAAAGAGAAUUGUACGGUUCACCCAAAAGAGCAGCUUCGCCUGUGUCAGGAAUAAACAAAGAUGAAAGGGCUGAACAAGAGAGGAAAAUGAAGGAAGACCAAGAAAGGGAAGCAGCUGAGCGAAUAAAGAAAGAUGAGGAAGAAAGAAGAAUGAAGGAGGAAGCAGAAUUCAAAGAAAGAGAGGAGCAAGAGAGAAGGGAGAAAGAAGAGGCAGAAAGGAUACUGAAGGAAGAGACAGAAAGGCAUGAAAAAGAGCUGACAGAAAGACUGGAGAAAGAACAUAAAGAGAGAGAGGAGAGGGAGAUGAAAGAAAUGGAGGAGAAAGAGAAGAAAGAAAGAGAAGAGAGGGAGGAGAAAGAGAGGAAAGAAAAAGAAGAAAAAGAAAAAGAAGAGAGAGAGAGGAAGGAGAAAGAAGAAAAUGAGAGGGAAGAAAAAGUGAAAGAACAAAUGGAGCGAGAGGAAAGAGAAAGGAAAGAAAGAAUGGAAAAAGAGAGAGCAGAGCAGGAACUGAAAGAGAAGGAGGAGAAGGAAAAUAUGGAGAUGGAACUCAACAAGGAGAAAGAACAAGAGAAACUGACUCAAAUGGACAAAAUAGUUUCAGACCAGCCAGUAGAAGCCAAAGGAAUGCAGCAAACAGAAAAUGUCUCCAUAAAUCUUGCUGAAGGAAAUCUGCCUGAAAAGGAGAAUGCAGAUGCCGAGGUGACAAAAGAGAUACCAGAGACCCACGCUGCAAUUGAAUCUGUGGUGAUGGUUGAAGACGAUUUCAUCACAGUGGUGCAAACCAUCGAUGAAGCUGAAGAACCUGGUCACAGUGUCCGUUUCUCUGCUCCACCUGAGGCUGAAACCCUCUGUGUUGGUGCACGGAAAGAAGAAGAAGAGGCAGACGAGGAUGAAUCUAUAGAGUUGGCUGAGGAAGCAGAGUUUGAGGCAGCCAGCCUUGAGGAGGUAGGGGAAGUUCCUGUCUCCCCAGCACAGGAAGCUCAGACCAGAGAAACAGAGGGACGGUCAGAAAGCUACGAUAGAGAUGAAACUACAGCUGAUGACUCUAUCUUUGACAGCUCCUGGGUAGACACACAAGAUGAUGAUAGGAGUAUGGCAACGGAGCAGAUUGAGCUUUUACCCAAGGUGCCCAGUCCAGUUAAGAAACCCGCUGUCGUACAGACUAGUCUGACAAAACAACGAAGUACAGAAAAACAAGAAAAAUCUGUCAAACCCAAAACUAAAGGAGGGCGAACUAGAGGACGCAUCUCCACGCCUGAACGCAAACCUGUUCGCAAAGAGCCCAUCUACAUACCCAGAGAAGAGAUUAAAAAGAAAAAAGCCAUCAUAAAGAAGACUGAGUUCAACAAAAAAGUGGAGACUCAGACUCUGUCUCCGUCCAAGCGGAGCACCAUGAAGCCAGCAGUCCGUCACACUAGGCCGAUCCAGCAUCACUCCUGCCCAAGAAGGAGACCCACAGAAGCCCUUUCAGACAGUCGCCACCCUCUUAGUGUUGCCAUACAGUCUCGAGACAGAGCAUCAGAUGGUGGGUCACAGAGUCCCGCAAAGAGAUCAUCUGCACCACGUCAUGCCUCUAUUCUGGGUCGCCGUGGCUACCACGAACACGAGGAGAGUUCUACCUCCAUCACCAGCUCUGGAUCAACUGCUCCCCGCAGGCCCACAUCAUUUCGCACUGAAAUGAGAGCAGAGCAUAGGAUAGGACGAGCCCCAAGCAUGACAGUUACAGAAUCGGUACGUUCCCGUUCAGCUCGCAGUGGACACUCCACCCCUCGGACCCCAGGCUCCACAGCCAUCACCCCAGGAACCCCUCCCAGCUACUCGUCAUCUUCCAGAACCCCCGGGACCCCGCGCUCCCUCAGUUUGAUUUCCCAGGAGAGGAAAGUGGCAGUGGUCCGCACCCCACCAAAGUCACCCGCAACCACUCCCAAGCAGCUGCGCAUCAUCAACCAGCCACUGCCUGACUUCAAGAAUGUCAAGUCCAAGAUCGGGUCAACAGAGAAUAUCAAAUACCAGCCAAAAGGAGGACAGAUACAAAUACAGAACAAGAAGAUUGACCUGAGCCAUGUGACCUCCAAAUGUGGUUCUCUCGACAACAUUCAUCAUCGACCAGGUGGCGGUAAUGUGCGAAUAGAGAGUGUGAAGUUGGAUUUCAAAGACAAAGCUCAAGCCAAGGUGGGUUCACUGGAGAAUGCACAUCAUAUUCCUGGUGGAGGUCGCAUUAUGAUUGAGAGCCACAGGCUGACAUUUCGUGAGCAUGCAAAGGCCCGUGUUGACCAUGGAGCUGAGAUCAUGGUCCAGUCACCUGGUCUGUCAGGCUCAGUCUCUCCCCACCAUCAGAAGGAAAGCCACCUGUUGUCCUCUGGCAGUCUCAACAUAAUGGAUUCUCCAUAGUUAGCAACCUUGGCCAAGGAUGUAAGUGAUGCCUUAGCCAAGCAGGGCUUGUGAACACUGGAUCUCUAGACUGCUGCUGUGCAUCCAAGACACUCUCACCUUUAAGAACUCUUUGCUCUCUCUCGCCAUCAUGAAACAAAGUGGUUACCAUUGAUGCUCAGCACACAGAGGUCUCCUUAACAUCUUUAUCGCAACAUCCAUCACUAACUCUAAGCAGAGACUAGACUUAGAAGCUACUGUGUUUUGGUCUUCUAUUUUUAACCUUAAACAUGUGUUUUUUCUGAUUUGUUUUGUGGGUAUUCCUUUAUGUUUUGAACAAUGUUUUGCAUAGUUAGACUGGGCGUUUGCUCUAGAUUAAGUGGUAUAUCUGUCAACACUGGCUUUACUGGUCUUGGAUCAGCGUAUCGAAGAAGCGACAGCCUUUUUUUCUACUCUAAGCAACUAAAGACAUGGCCUGUACACCAUGCCACCCUUUUUGUUCUUGCUCAGCAAACAUGCAUGAUUGCCAGAUCCCCUAACAAUGAGCAUCUUUACUGUGAGUCAUUAUUGACUUAAUACAUGAUCUGUAAUAAUAAAAUUAAAAAUAAUAAUAUAGAGACCUCUAUAUGAUACAACCUCUUUCCCAUUCACAUGUCUCACAUUUAAAAGGAAGCAAAAAUAUGGCUAUAAGAUAUUACUUUACAAUGGCAUAUAUGCAAGAACCACAUCAUGUUAUGACAAGCAUGUAUGAAUCAAAUAUGAAAAGAGGCUCUUUUGUAUUGAAGAAAAAAAAUUAAUUUUAGUAAAUAAUUUCCUCAUUUAUUGGAUAAAGAUAAACAAGUUCAUGUUUUGUAGUUAAUAGAUGUUUUACAGUGUAAUGCUUGGUGACAAUGUCCAAGACUGAUUUGGUGUUGCUGAGGGAUGCAUCUCCGUCUUGUCAAACAGCCUUACUCACUUAAACCUGCUCAGCAGAUCUAUAUAGACGCCUGGUUAAACACUUGGAGCUCAUUCCACAAAUAUCUGUCCCAGAAGGAAAUUCUUUGAGGAGUAACCAAUAAAGAUUGAUGUUUAAAGUUGAUAAUGAUUGCAGUCUGAGCCACUGAGGAAUAGAUGCUACGGUAGAAGAUGCCACUUCUCCAAAAUGUAUGUAUGCGUGUGCGCGAAAGCAUGUGUGUGUGUGUGUGUGUGUGUGUGUGUGUAUGCAUUUGGUGCAGAUCCCAUGCCGUUUUAUGGAGGGACGCCGCUGUACUUGGGUUGUUUGUCAUGAUGUGUAGGGAGACGAAAUUGUUAAAGGUUAAAAACUUUUUAAAAGCCUUAAAUAAAAAAAAGAGAAAUACUCGUCAAAUGUCCACUGGGAGAAAGAACUCAGUCAGAUCCUGAUAUAUCUGUUUGGACAAAAUGUUUGGGUGAUCUAGAUUUUUUUGUUUGUUUUUUUCUCCAGAUACUGUUUGUGGUAUGACCCGCUUCCUGCCCAAUUACUGCCCCCAACUGCAACUGUUUGUUUGCUUCUGUGUUUAUUCUGCAUCCCCCAUCUCCGUGUGCCUCUCCCUCACCUCUUGCUCCACCCUGCAGCAACUCUUAAUGUAUUUAAAAGGUCAAGUAGAUGUAUGCAGUUUUUCUCCUGUUGAUAUGACACCAAUUAUGAUAAUUAAUGACAAUAAAAAUAACAAAAAGUGA